CUCCUCUCCUCUAUCUAUCGUCACUCGAAACAGUAAAACUUGAGAUUUUCCAAUUUUGCUAGAAUUCACCAUGGCUCCUCGACCUAUUUUUGCUGCCACUCAUCCCAGAGCUUGCUCUACAGCUUUUGAAAGGGUGUUCAUGGCCCGCCGUGAUAUUCUAGAGUGUGCUCACGAGCCGUUUGGCGAUGCCUUUUACUUUGGCCCAGAGUUUAUGAGCGACCGGUUCAGGCAUGAUGCUGCCACUCGCCAGAGCUCAGAGUAUCGUGAUACUACUUACAAGAGUGUCUUGGAGAGACUUGAGGAUGCGGAAAAAGAGGGCAAACGUCUCUUCAUCAAGGACAUGGCAUACUACCUGAUGCAACCCGAUGACAAGCCAUCACAAAUCGCACCGUCUCUCGGAGGCGGCGAAGAAGCCGGAAACCCAACAGUUCUGCCCGUCAGCAUCCUGAAGCGCUUCCACUUUACCUUUCUCAUCCGCCACCCCAAGCGCUCAAUCCCUUCCUACUACCGCUGCACCAUCCCUCCGCUGAGCGAAAUCACCGGAUUCGACUACCUCAUGCCCAACGAGGCGGGCUACGUGGAGCUUGUUCGACUGCUAGACUUCUUGAUUGAGCGUGGAAUCGUCGACAAGGACCACAUCACGGCCAUUGACGCGGAUGAUUUGCUUGACAAGCCGGAGCAGGUUAUCCGGGAGUACUGCGCGAGGAUCGGCGUCGAUUACAAGCCGCAGAUGUUGAAUUGGACCGAGGAGGAUAAGGAGCAUGCGGCGGACAUGUUUGCCAAGUGGAAUGGCUUCCAUGAUGAUGUGCUCAAGACGAAUUGUUUCCAGGCACGAUCUCAUGCUCAGAAAACCUCAACUGUUGAAUCUGAGGACAAGGAAUGGUUGGACAAGUAUGGUCCUGAGGCGCAAAAGCUGAUUCGCCAGACCGUUGAUGAGAAUAUCCCCCACUACGAAUAUUUGAAACAAUUUUGCAUUUCUGUUUAACGAAUAAUGACAUUUGGGUACACGGUACAUGUAUGGGAGAAGGUGAAAUCUUUUCUUUUAGAGAACUCUUCUUUUUGUGUUAUUGGUCUAUGAUACAGUAUAUCGGUCUGGCUCCAAGGGCCCACCGAAUAUCUUUCUUUUUAUAUAUCCAUAAUCAACAUCGCCUUUAGUAACAAGACUUUGUGUAACGUAAACAACCACCUUGCCGUUAAUGUACAUCCAUCCAAAAAUAUCCUUUUACAGCUAACACCUGUCGCGAGCUUUCCCCCCUCCAGUAGUCGCCAUGUCAUUUCACAUUCCCCGGUUUAAUUUGAAAUUUUUCCAAUUGCUUCCCUUAUGCGGUUGCUGGCUUCGCAACCUGCUUUUCGGCCUCUCCUCCGAUAUAUGUCGGCACCUCGAAAACAGUGUGUGUGACAUUUUUUGACCACGACUCGGCAAAUUUCUUAUCUUGGUCGUUGGCCCAGCUGACUGUGACAUCCACCAGCUCCUUGUCUCCUCCCUCGGUCUCUGCAGCCACGAUCUUGUUGCCGCGGCCCUGGCCUGCUAGAACAGCCGCAAUGUCGGCAAUUGCAUUUUUCUUCUGCGCAUUGAGGGCGAUGCCACGCUCCUGCUUGCUUCGGAUGGGCUGGUAGUCGAUUCCCUUGUCCUUCUCGGCGGCAAUCUUCUUCUUGUCUUGGCUACUAAACUCUUCCGGCCGCUUGUGUCGCAAUUCGUCUGUCCACGCAACCUCGUGGAGGUGCUUCAACUCUCGCAGUUUCUGGAGUACUGAGCGGCCAACGGAGCCCUGGCCGGGCUGGAAUCGGAUGUGAGCGAGGGGUGACCAGUAAUCCUUGCGAAGCUUUGCUGGCUUGGUCUUUUUGCCAUUGAACGGCAGCUGCUUCAGGCCUUGGAAUCCAUCCAAGACCUUGCUGAAGCUGUAAAUCACCUGGUCCGACCUCCUAUGGGCGAAAACCCAAAUGUCCUCGCCAUGGCUCUCCGCGCUCUGUGACCCCGUUGCAGCUCCUCGCGGCCGACCCGAGUGCGCGUACCGCACUCCGGCUCUCAGGAGGCCCAGCAAUUGGCCUUGCCCAA